AUGUAUUUCUCCUUCGUCUCGUUGCUAGCUUUCCUAGCUUUCGUAGAAGGAUUGAAGAAUACUCAGCGGAACGUUCAAGCUCGCUCAAACUACAGCCCGAAGCGUGCUCGUGGUCUUCCAGCUGAACCUACUGAUGUUCAGACAAUCACUACUCCUCAAAAUAUCACCAUCCGUUACAAGAAUCCUGGGGCCGCAGGAGUCUGCGAAACAACACCUGGCGUCAAUUCCUAUUCAGGAUACAUUGAUCUCGAUGCGAACUCGCACACCUUCUUUUGGUUUUUUGAAGCAAGAAAUAAUCCCCAUGAAGCUCCAAUUACUUUGUGGCUCAACGGUGGUCCAGGGUCUGACUCCAUGAUUGGCCUUUUCGAAGAACUCGGUCCCUGCAAUGUUACCGCGAAUCUUACAUCUGAAGUCAAUCCAUACUCAUGGAGCGAAGUUUCCAAUAUGCUCUUCCUGUCUCAGCCACUUGGAGUAGGCUUCUCAUAUGGUGGCGAAGAGUCUGGAAGUCUGAACCCAUACACAGGCGCUGUCGAAAAUGCCUCGUUUGCAGGCCCACAAGGAAGAUACCCAGUGAUCAAUGCUACUGCUUUGGAUACAACCGAUCUUGCCGCAGUAGCAGCAUGGCAUGUUCUUCAAGGGUUCAUUGGCGGACUUCCUCAGCUCGGAGGAAUUGCGUCUAGAGAGUUCAAUUUGUGGACAGAGAGUUACGGUGGUCAUUAUGGACCAGCCUUUUUCAAUUACUUUUACGAACAGAACCAAUUGAUUGCCAAUGGGACAACAGAAGGAAUCCAACUAAAUUUCAACACACUCGGUGUUGGUAACGGCAUUAUCAGUGAACAGGUUCAAGCUCCACACUAUCCAGAGUUUGCUAUGAACAACACAUACGGUAUCAAAGCAUACAAUGAUACCGUCUACAACUAUGCAAAGUUUGCCACAUACAUGGUGAACGGGUGCUUAGACCAGAUUUCUUUCUGUUCAACCACAAACCGUACUCAAUUGAGCGACUUGGCAAUCUGCACAGAAGCAGAAAACAUGUGCAGAGACAAUGUUGAAUCGCCAUACUAUUCUUAUGGUGGCCGUGGUACCUAUGAUAUCCGUCACCCUUCAGAUGAUCCAACCCCUCCAUCAUAUUUUGUCGACUAUCUCAACCAAGCAUACGUUCAGGAUGCUCUUGGAGUAGACCUCAACUAUAGUGCAGACGCGAAUGACGAUGUCUACUAUGCUUUCCAGCAAACAGGAGAUUUCGUGUUCCCCAACUUUAUCGAGGAUCUUGAGAUGCUGUUGAACAACAGCGUAAGAGUAGCAUUGUACUAUGGAGAUGCAGACUAUAUCUGCAAUUGGUUUGGGGGUGAAGCAGUCUCUCUUGAAGUGAACUACAUUCACAAAGAGGAGUUCGCCACGGCUGGCUAUGCACCAUAUGUAGUAGAUGGCACUGAAUACGGUGAAGUCCGCCAAUUUGGCAACUUCUCUUUCUUGAGAGUCUACGAGGCUGGGCACGAGGUCCCCUUCUACCAACCUGAAGCCUCACUCGAGAUGUUUAGAAGAGUACUCCUCGGUCUCGACCUUGCAGACGGCGAUCUGAGGUUCGGAGCAAACUACUCGAGUUCUGGGCUGGCAAAUGCUACUCAUACAGAACCAUUUGUUCCACUACCUUCAAGUACAGUUGUUUCGAGUUCGGCGUCCAGCGCGACUGGGAAUGUCACGACGGCGGCAGUAUACUUGGAUUAA